GCCGCCGGGCCCGCCAUGGGGGAGCCGCCGCGGCGGCCGCGGGAGCUGUUCCUGGCAGGGUUGGCUGCGGCCUACCUCGCUGCCUUCGUCUCGCUCUACCUUCAGAUCCCCGGGCUGUAUGGACGUGAUGGGAUCCUGCCAGCUCGCCGGGUGCUGCGUCUGAGCGGGAAGGGGCUGUGGGAACAGCUGCGUGAUGUCCCCACGCUGCUGUGGCUCGGCCCACACCUGGGGCUGGACACGGAGCAGGGCAUGGAGCUGCUGUGCCUGCUGGGAGCCGUCGCCUCGAUGGGUGCCUUGCUCUGCGCCCCGCUGCGUGACUGCCUGCUGUUUGCUGUGCUGCGGGUGUUCUACCUCUCACUCUACCAGGUAGGACAGGUCUUCCUCUACUUCCAGUGGGACAGCCUCCUGCUGGAAGCAGGCUUCCUGGCCGUGCUCGUGGCCCCUCUGCGCCUGCUCAAGUGGCGUUCCACAGCCUGGCGUCCACACGACAGCGUCACCUUCUGGUUGGUGCGCUGGCUGCUCUUCCGCCUCAUGUUUGCCUCUGGCGUGGUGAAGCUGACCAGCCGCUGCCCCACCUGGUGGGGGCUCACAGCUCUCACCUAUCACUACGAGACGCAGUGCAUCCCCACGCCAGCUGCCUGGUAUGCCCACCAGCUGCCCGUGUGGUUCCAGAAGUUCAGCGUGGUGGCCACCUAUGUCAUUGAGAUCGCCGUCCCUCUGCUCUUCUUCAUGCCCAUCCGUCGCCUCCGGCUCUUCGCCUUCUACUGCCAGGUCCUGCUGCAGAUCCUUAUCAUCCUCACGGGCAACUACAACUUCUUCAACGCUCUCACCAUUGUCCUGGCCUUCUCCCUGCUGGAUGAGGAGCACGUGGGGCGCUGGAUGGGGCGCGGCAAGAGGAAGCAUGGCAGCUCCUGGCCCCCUACUUUCCUCUCCUUCCUCUCCACCAUGCUGGAACUGAUCACCUACGCCUCGCUGCUCUACUGGAGCGUCCACUACUUCAGCCUGGAGAUCGACUGGGAGAAGAAGCUGCUGGAAUCCAAAGUGGCCUUCACCUACCAUGAGUUCACGCAGUGGCUACGAGUGGUGACGCUGCCCCUGGUGGGGCUGGGCUUCCUCUCACUCUCCUGGGAAAUCCUCUCUGCUCUGUACCGGUGUGCCUGCGUCCGUGGCUUCUUCUGGAAGCUGUGGGCCACACUGCAGUGGGCCAUCUUCGCCACAGCUACCAUGGGGAUGUUUGCCAUCAGCUUGGUGCCCUUCACCUACAUUGACUACGAAUCCAAUGGCAAGCUGUGGCCUGGCAUCCACCAAAUGUUCAGUGCAGUCGAGCGCUUCCAGGUGGUGAAUUCCUACGGGCUCUUCCGCAGGAUGACGGGCGUCGGGGGGCGGCCUGAGGUGGUGCUGGAGGGCAGCUAUGACAAGCAGAGCUGGACGGUGAGUGCCUACCUCAUUGCUGGGGGCAUGGG